AUGUGCAUCGAGUCUCCACAUUUCGGCAAGGUUUUGAGGGCGCCGUCUGACAGCACCAUCCUGGGUGACAGGACAGUGAUGGCUGGCAUGUUGGACCUCCAGUCCAGGUACACGGUCACUUGUGACUACUGCCGACAGAUUCAGACCGAAGUCCUACCCCCGAUGCGCAAAGUCCUCGCCCAGUGGAUGUCCGAGGUGUGCGAAGAACAGUCCUGCGAAGACAUCGUGUUCCCCUGUGCGAUGAACUAUGUCGACAGGUUUCUGGCGAGGACAGACGUCAAGAAAAGCCAACUCCAACUCCUCGGUGCCGUGUGCCUGUUGAUCGCCUCCAAGAUGAGGACGUCUCGACCGCUGGCCCUCGAAGCACUCGUCUACUACACGGACUAUUCGGUCACGGCGGAAGAGCUUAAGGCCUGGGAGCUGUUGGUGCUCAGCAAGCUCAACUGGGACAUGGCGUCGGUGGUUGCCAACGACUUCGUGGACCACCUCCUGUGCUGCCUCGGAGUGUCCGGCGACAGGGACACGGUUCGGAGGCACGCCAACACCUUCAUUUCCUUAUGCGCCACCGAGUACCGGUUCACGAGCUACAGUCCCUCCCUGCUUGCGUCGGCCAGUGUGGCAGCCGCCAUCCACGGCCUCAACCGGCCGCUCAGCUGUCCUCGGAACGAAGUCGUCACCACGCUGGAGCAGAUCACGCACGUCGAAGCGGACCAAAUCAGGCAGUGCGUCCAAGACAUCGAAGUCCUCAUGGCAACCAGCUUCGCUGCAUUUCAGCAGCCACCCCAUUCCAAAGUCAGCUCCCCGAGCACGGCCUACGCCAGCACGAAGCUAAGCAGCAACAACGUACCCUCGACGCUCGACUCCAGUCAACCAAACACGCCCACGGACGUCCAAGACGUCAACUUCUAA